CCGUAAAACAAAAGGUCAUUGUUCCAGAACCGUGCAUCGUGCUAAAACGCGGUUAUUUUUCUCUCGUUCAAGAAAAUCAAGGCAGCUUGCAGACGCACGGAUAUUCAAUAGCAGUUCUGUUGACGAAACUUGGACUAUGUUCGGCAGACUUGUCUAUGCUGUUGUUGUUUUAUCGUGCUUGAAAAUAGCAGCCACAGAAGACGGAGAUGCAGGACAUUUCCAGGUUCAUAACGAGCAAGAGGGCAGCCUUAAAAUACAUGCAACCAAAGAAAUUGCUCAGAUAGAGACUCAAGCAAAUUCGGUCCAAGUUGUCCUGGAGCCAGGGAAAGUGAACGCUCCCGAGGUGGAGAAUACAGGAGAAGGCAAAGGAAAGAUAAGAAAGCUUGUUAAGAUAAUAAGUCCAGCUUAUCUGAAUGGUCUCAAAAAGAGUGGAAUAAAUAAAAUUCCAGGGAAAAUCAUAGGUAAAAGUCGUCUGAAAAGAGCUUUGAUAGAAGGGGUUAAAAUGUUUCAAAAUUCUGUUAUGUUGGAGAAGUGGAUGGAACACAACGGUCACCUCGUUAGAGCAAACCGAAGAAAAGACCACCAGAUGAGCAGAAGAUCGGCUGCAAGUGCAAGAAAAUACAAAAAGGAAAAUGUUCGAGGCAAGAAGUCAGAAAUCGAAAAAGAGACCAGAGUGCGAGGGAGGACCGGAGGCCUUCAUGUUACCACAAGCAAACAUGGAACAAAACUCAUAUCAAAAGGUGGAGCACUAAACGUUUUCAUACGAAAUGACAAGGAAAAUCAAGCAGAGGAAAAUACUGAUGAAAAUUCGGAGAGAAGAUCAAACGCAGAAAAUGACAACUAUCAUGUCAUAGACUCAAAUCUGGUUGGGCUCAGUUUAAAAAGAGACGUUGUUAAAAAACGCACAAAAUGUUUGAUACCGCCAUGCAUGCCGUAGAACAGCAGGCAUCGCAAAAUUUGCAUUAAUACAUGAGCUGGUCUCAUUGUUUUGAGCAGGGAAAUGUUUUGAAUUCAAAACGUUAAAAACAAUAUUGUUAAUAGGCGUAUUUUGUUAUGCUAGUUUCGGGAAAGAAA